CCCCAUUCCCACAGGGCCCCUGCUGCUGUCCCCAGUCAUCCUGUCACUCUGUCGUUAGGCUCUUUUUGCUUCUCACCCUUCUCCUCGACUCGAACCUUGGCGAGUAGUAGUUGUCCGGCUGCCCGGACCUGUGUUAAAAGGCCCGCUUGGACCCCCGGGACUCUGUCCUGGCCCCGGCUUCCCACUCCCCGCCUCGAUCCAGUCUGAGUCAUCUUCAGCGGGCGCAAACCAGGCCGGCGAAGAGCUGCGGGCUUCCCCAGGGCGGGGGUCUGUGCCCUGUGGACGCUGGGGUUGAAUUCUGGCCUGCUUGGGUUUCGAUCCUGUCGUGAUGGGGGAACACACGGAAUAACUUUACAAAACGAAAGAUAUUUUGCGUCUGCCUUCUGCGCUAGAAAUGGCCAAUGUGCUCUGUAACAGAGCCAGACUGGUUUCCUAUCUCCCAGGAUUGUACUCUUUAGUUAAAAGGGUUGUCAAUCCCAAAGCCUUUUCAACUGCAGGAUCUUCAGGUUCUGAUGAGCCUCAUGUAGCCACUGCACCUCCUGAUAUAUGCUCUCGAACAAUAUGGCCUGAUGAAACUAUGGGACCAUUUGGACCUCAAGAUCAGAGAUUCCAGCUUCCUGGGAACAUAGGUUUUGAUUGUCACCUCAAUGGGACCAUGUCACAAAAGAAAAGCCAGGUUCAUAAAACUUUACCUGAUAUUCUAGCAGAACCUUUAUCAAGUGAAAGACAUGAGUUUGUGAUGGCACAAUAUGUGAAUGAAUUUCAGGGUAAUGAUGCACCUGUUGAACAAGAAAUUAACAGUGCGGAAACUUACUUUGAAAGUGCCAAAGUAGAGUGUGCAAUCCAGACAUGUCCAGAAUUGCUGCGAAGAGAUUUUCAGUCACUGUUUCCAGAAGUAACCACCAACAAACUAAUGAUUCUGACUGUAACACAGAAAACUAAGAAUGAUAUGACUAUUUGGAGCGAGGAGGUAGAAAACGAAAGAGAAAUGCUCUUAGAAAAGUUCAUCAGUGGGGCUAAGGAAAUAUGCUACGCUCUUCGAGCUGAAGGCUAUUGGGCUGACUUUAUUGACCCAUCAUCUGGUUUGGCGUUUUUUGGACCAUAUACAAACAACACUCUUUUUGAAACAGAUGAACGCUAUCGACAUUUAGGAUUCUGUGUUGAUGAUCUUGGCUGCUGUAAAGUGAUUCGUCAUAGUCUCUGGGGUUCCCAUGUGGUUGUAGGAAGUAUCUUUACAAAUGCAACACCAGACAGCCAUAUUGUGAAGAAAUUGAGUGGAAACUAGCAGUAAUGUCAAAUAAUUUGCUGUACUAUUUCUACCAAACAUUUGGAUUGAUCUAUAAACACUGUCAAAGGCUUCAGUUUUUAAAAUUUACUUAUCUCCAGGUAUUUAUUGCAACAUUUAUGAUUUUACGGUAAUGGCAGUUGGUUUGUGAUUUUUAAAUUCAAAUAUUCAUUCACAUUGUCACUGACUACAUGUUGGGCACAUCCAUAUUGUACAGAAUGCGGUGCUUAACGUGUAAUCGGUGUAAUCUAUUGUUAUUUCUCCCUUUUAUUGGAGAAAUCUCAGUUUUAAUUAUUUUUUUCCAAAAAUAAAUCAUGCAUUUGGUUAUGAUAUAUAUGUUUUCAUCGCAGCAUUUUUAAAAUACGAUUCUUAAAGACUCCUACAAAACUAUGAUAGUAAUCUUUUUAAAGUGUUUUUUUUUAAUAAAUGCAUUAAAAAUUCUAGAUUUAGUGUAGAUUUAAAUUUUUCCAGUUUUCUUUUUUCUUUAUUACCUGUUAAUGUUCUUGUACCAGUCUGAGUAUUACUUUGAAAUAAUGUACAUGCAGGAAAAGAAUAAGGAUAAUACUACAUCUUUAUGUAUAAAACAUAUGAAUCUCAUCUUUAUACAUACCAAAAAAGUAAUUUUUAACUCCUGGAUUGUAAUAAAUAAAUUUAGAUUACUUUCAGACAAAA